GUCCAGCGUUCGCUUAGGACCACGUACGGCCGCACACGUGGAGAUACACAAUCAUGUUUUGCAACUAAGUACCUUUCAGGAAAGAGUGACAUGGGUGAUGUGCAUAUUCAAGGCUGAUCAUUCAUCCAGGGUCUUGAACUAGGAGGGAUGGACCUUCUUGGCGACACUACUUACCUGUCUCGGCCCGAUCAUACCUACAAAGAUCUGCGGUUCGGCCUUUCUCUCCUGGUCUUUGCGCUCGAAUCCACAUGAAUCUCGUUGAUGCAGUUUGGUAGACGCCAUUUGUAUCAAGUCGCUCUUUACCAUGUCGCCAUCACGGUGUGACAGGAAAUCGAAUCUCCAGAACAAGAAAGAACAAGAUAUUAGUGCAUAAAUGGGGGUUUGAUCCAUUCCUUGGACAGCGAAAAGAUGACGAAGCGUCAAACGACCUUGCUAAGACAUCUUCAUACAGGGAUCUAUGACAAGAGUGACGGUGUUAAGGCGCACCAACAUGAGGGCUCUAGCACAAGCAUCCGGAGAGUCUCCAAUCUCGACCCCGGUUUAGCUCAGGGUGUUAUCCAUGGGCCUCAGGGCUAUGGGCCUCGCCGAGCAUGGACCUUAGCCAAGUCAAUAGCUGACAUAAUUUUGAGAGCGCAUCUCGAGACACUUAACACUCUCUAUCAGCCUACUAUAUUUUCCAAGAUGUUCCUCGGAUCAUCAACCUUCUUGGCUGCUAGCAUAGCACUGCUAUCUCAAGCUACAUCGGCAACAUCCUUCGGUAUCCCCUCUCGCCAGCAACAGGGCCUCUACAACUCUAAAGUCGUCUUUGAGGCACCUAACCCUACGUGGCUUGAAGGAAUAGCAGUGCGAUACAAUGGUCAAAUCCUCACUACGACCAUUAGCGGGCCAAUGUUGCUACAAGUCGACCCAAGCCAGAAGCGCGACUCAAUCGUAGUCGCACAAAUCCCUGGCGCCACGGGCACUUUGGGGAUCACCGAGCUCGAAAAAGAUGUGUUCUACCUCAGCGCGGGCGAUAUGAGUAACGUAACUGCCACGAGCUUGGUUUUCCCCAGCAAGAUUUGGCAAGUGGAUAUGCGUCCUUUCCGCGUGAAUCAGCAAGGAAAUAUCGCUCGGCCAGCAAAGAUAUCUUUGGUUGCGGAUCUGACUAACACUACGUUUGUCAACACCUUGUCUCGACUUGGACCGAAGGACAACUCGGCAAUACUCAUCUCCGACUCCGGCGCUGGUCACAUCCUUAGGCUAGACGUUCGCACUGGCAUUUCUUCAGUGGUCAUCAGCGAUCCAACUAUGCUAUCGACCAUACCUGGAGCAGCAGGUGUCACUGGAAUCCAUAUUCACGGCUCCGAGCUAUUCUACGCCAACUUCGCUGCGACGACCUUCUUCAAGAUGCCCAUCUCGCUUACCACUGGCAUGCCGACCGGGCCAGCAACGCUCAUCACGAAUGGCACUCUUAUCGACGAUUUCACACUCUCCAGAGAUGGCAAGAAGGCGUAUGCGUGCACGAAUCCUCGUGGUCAGUUGAUCGAAAUCGAUAUACCUGGUCAGACAUUUCGCCCCGUUGCUGAAGGCCUGAAUGCAACAUCCGCUGCACUAGGUCGUGGUCGGUUUGAUCGGAACAGUGUGUACUUUGUCAGUGGUGGUGGAUUGGACUUUCCUCUUACAAAUCCAGGCGUUUCUGGCGGAAGAGUUGUGAAGGUUGAUCUUUAG